UCUGUUCCGUUUGUUUCAUGUCCUCUUUAAAGACAUGUUCAAAUAUGUGGAGCCCAAAAAAAUCUUGUUGGGCAGAGAUGAGAACAGGACAGAGAGGUGUGCCUAUUAUAUUCUUGUGUUAAAAUCUUUAAAGGGUAUGCUGGAGUCCGGUUUUUGGCAGGGCCUCAUGUCAGUGGAUCCUAAUAAUGUUUCCAAAACAGAUGUUCUCUCUGACAGUUGUGAUGGUAAGGUGUUUAUGUCAAACACAUUUUUUCAGGAAAACCCAAGUUGUCUUAAGCUGGUUUUAUACCAGGAUGCAUUUGAAGUUGUGAACCCAUUGGGUUCUGCAAAAAAGAAGCACAAGGUUUUGGUUGUUUACUUCUCUCUACUCAACAUGCCCCCCCAUGUACGAUCAAAUGUUGACCACAUGUAGCUGGUUUUAUUGUGUAUAGAGAAGGAUUUUAAGGAAUUUGGCCAUGCCAAGGUUUUUUCUGAACUGCUUACUGACCUGAAAGAACUGGAGGGAAAUGGGAUAGCAAUGGGAGAUGAACUUGCAGUCAAGGGAGCUCUCUACUGCAUUGCUGGGGACAACCUGGGCUCUCACACCAUUGGUGGUUUCACAGAAAAUUUCAGUUCAUCUCAGUACUUCUGCAGAUAUUGUCUGAUUUCUCGAACUGAAUUUCAGGGUGCUGAUCCUAACAUCUGUGGACUGGAGCGGACUCCAGAAAUGUACAGAUCUGCCAUUGAACAGCUGGAGACAGAGCAUGCUCCACAAGUACAAGGGAUAAAGUUCAGAUAUGGCUGAAUCAAAGACCUUAAGUGAUGCCAUAGCAGCAGUGCUUCUGGAUCUUCCUGAUCAAGUUGUCAAGUCAGUAGAAGAUGCUUUGGAGGCGCUUGGUGCAGUAACGACAGAUGAUUUACAGUACAUUACAGAGGGAGACUUGCUGCCAGUAUUAAAGCCCAUACAAGUCAGAAGACUGGUUGCUGCCUGGGCCCAAAACAACUCGUCCACUCCAACUUCAGCCCCGGCAUGUUCCUCUCCAGGGUCUCUCCUUUCCUCUCCCUCUCCGUCCUCCGUCACUCCCUCACCAGCAUCAUCCACAGCUACAUCAUCACCCUCAGGAAGUUCUUAUACUCUUGCGCCAAAUUGGGUAGACACUUUUCAGAUACCAUGGCAGAAGCUCCCUGAAGAGUUAGUACAGAGUUUGGAAAGACAGAAAAGGCCAAGUGCUUUACUACGACGUAAUAUGAUAAGGAUUGUUGUCUCCGAGAUGAUGAAGAUUUGUAAGAGUCCAACCAAACACAACACCACAGAGAUAGCAAAAAGGAUGGUGGCCAGGUAUCCAAAGUCUCUUCAAGAUGUAAUUGAUGAUGAUGUUAUUGGACUUGGAUAUCAUUCCCUGGCAAAGCAACUCCAGGCAAGAGUUGAAAAUGUCAAACAACCUAACACACCAAAGAUAAAGAAACGCAAAGCUGCAUCAGAUGAUGACACAGAUGAAGUAUGUGCUGAACAAAGAGCAAGUGUUCAAGACAUGCAUGGCUGUAUCAACUGGAUGCCGAAACAUCUGCCACUCUCUGAGACUGUGGAGAGUCAGCUAGAAAAAAAAGAAAAAAUGAAAAAAUUUGAAGAGAUGAACUACAGUUCAGAUGCUUUGAAAGAAUUGAUCAAGUCCAUCUAUUUCACACAGCAUAAAGAGAUCAAUAAUGGUGUAAGCAUCCAGAAAUUAAGCCAGGAAUGGCCAUGUUUGUUUAAGGAAGUCAGUAUGGCAGCACACUUCCAGGAACUGACUGGCGUAAGUAUGAUUGAGUCCUUCCUUGCCAAUGUUGACACAAACGGGGCACGUCUCUUAAACGUCUUCAAAUGUGUUGAUGCACAUAAACACAAACAAGUCCUGGAUGCUCUUCUCAAGCUUCAAACUGAAAGAGGUCAGUCCACUGGUUGCUCAGAAGAGGUCAUACAGAUGGUGCUUCUUUUACUGGCUCAUUUUGACGAGAAGAAAGAGCAUCUGUUCCAUUUCGUCGAGAAGACAAUCCUUGCUGAGGAGGUUCAGAUGGAGAGUGUGCCACCAACACCCUGCCUUAUUGUGUGUGGGUCCUCCUGCUUUGCUGCUGAGACAUUUAUGUUGAGCAUCGAUAAAGAGGUUGUCAACGACCACAUCACUUCCUUCACAUCUGCCAUCUGCCUGAUGUUUGGCAGUUAGUACUGCUUCAACGUACACUACCCAGUGGAACUACGGUCUACACUGGAGUUCCUCCAACGGUAAAAUAUUAUUUUUCUAAAAUAUGUUAUAAUAUUAGAAAAUGCAAGGCAUUUGAUAUCC